AUGGUAAGUAAGUGGAUAGACGCAAAAGAUCUUAUAAUUGCAUUUGUGGACGAUUGGACAUGGACUUCUCUUGAUGACUCUGGCAUAGAAGUGGCUGAGCUUGUUAGAACUUGUUGGCUUGACAUUUCUACAACAAUUGACACAAAGCAACUUACUAAAAAGACAAGUUUUACAUCAUAUUUAGUGUUCAAGUUAAAAGAGGAUUCACAUGGACUUGAAAAGGCCAUUGGAUCAGUAAGAUUAUUGAAGCAAGAGAUAAAUGGUCAUGAAGGUUACAAUGUUUAUUUCUCAAAUGAACUAGAAGGGAAAACUAUUGGUCGAUUUCCACGUCGUUGGAGCGAUAACGAUAGCGAUGAAUGGAUGGAAAUAAAACUUGGUGAAUUUUAUAACAACUUAGGAAAUGAUGGUGAAAUUGAAAUAAGCUUGAUGAAUACCAAAGAUGUUUUUACUCCUAAGUCCGGCCUCAUUGUUAAGGGCAUUGAAAUUCGUCCAACUUAAUUAAUUUGACGUAUCAUGUAAUUUGGUUACCUAUAUUUUCACCUUGUUGACCUGAUUAGUCAACUUAUAAUCCCUUUCUCAUACCCCAAUUUAAAAAAUACUAUUUCUUUGUUUCUAUUUGUUCGUUUUAAUUGUUUUUCUUUUUUUUGUAUUUUC